AUCCCGAGUCGUCGCUGCUGCUCCCGAGUCCUGAGUCUCCCGACAAAGUCGUCCUCCCUCGACUGCUGCCUCUCACACCCCGACGAAGAGCUUUCCUCUUCCUCUUCCUCUUCGUCGCCAGCCCGCCUCUUCUCUUUUUAAGAUGGACAAGAAACGCAAGAAGGGCGGUAAAAUUAUGAAUACGCAAGCGAUUCGAGGUGCUACACUCAGGGAGGAGAACACUGGCAAGAAACGUGUGGAUGUGAGUUCAAUGCUAAGAAUGGAGCAUUUGCAAAGAUUAUCAACUUGGGCCGGUGUAGAAGCAGGCAUACCGCCUCUUGGUGCUUUGUUUGGACAUCGACUAGCUGCAAAUGCGGAGGCAGAAGGGGUUCCUUUGGACCCAUCAACUUUUGUUUGCCGCAGAUGUGAAAGCAUUCUACAGCCAGGGUCUAACUGCACUGUCCGUAUCGAGAAGUCGAAGAAGAAAAAACACCGCAAGAAGGCGCAAGUUCCCUCUCAGAACAAUGUUGUCUACAAAUGCCAUUUCUGUUCGCAUCCUAACCUUAUGAGAGGCACCCAAAAAGGUUACAUAAAAAGCCUAUUACCUUCAAAACCAAAGUCCGAAACCAACUCAACUAAGACUAGAAACAGUUCUGAGAGAGAAUUGGGUAACAAAGAAAAGACCGAUCAGAACGUGAAAGUCCCUUUGACUAUCGGAAAGUGUGAAUGCCCUAGAGAGGUUUCGGUUGAGAUGAGCCCACUGACUCCAUUAGAAAUGCUGGCGAAUUCGUCCAAGAAGAAGAGGAAGAGGAAUUUAUCUGCGUCGAACAAGGAUUCCAGCACCAAAAGUACUCCUGUAACAUCGAAUUGUGGGGAGGGAACUACUGUGAGUUCUAGUAAGAGGAAGAGAAAAGGGUGGACUAGCUUGAAAAAGAUUGCUGAAAGCAAUGAGGCUAAGAAUAGUCAGAGCAUCAGUAAUUUUGCCAUUCCGUUUCUUUUGCAAAUGGCCAAGUGACUGAUAAAUUUCACAUGUGUACAUAUUGUGUGAUUAAUUUGAGAGUAUUGUUUUUGGGAUCUUCUAUUAAAGUUUUGAAAAAUCAUUUUUGUGAUCUUCUAUCAAAAAAUGUGUUCGACUGUUCAAAGUAUUCAUUGCUCAAGGUCACUUUGUAUUGCCAUAAUGAGCAAAGUUGCAAUGUGUGUUUUAA